UCGGGCGCUACGGCGGAGACCCUCCUCCGGACUUCGCGUCCUCUAGCGGAGGACGUUUGAGUGCAGCCCUUUGGGGCCCAAGUGGAUUUACCGAAAAGGGAGGCACGAAGCUUAAGCCUGAGAAAGAGAAGGCCGGGUAGCCAUUGGGAAUAAUUGUCCAAACACUUUUACUCUGUUACCCUAGGCGAAUCUCAUUAGGGAGCCCCUGGUGAUAUUUGUUUGUGCGACCACAGGCCAAGGAGACCCUCCUGACAACAUGAAGAACUUCUGGAGAUUCAUAUUCCGGAGGAGCCUGCCACCCACCUCCCUCUGUCAAAUGGAUUUUGCUGUCCUAGGCCUCGGGGAUUCCUCAUAUGCCAAAUUCAACUUUGUGGCCAAGAAGCUGCAUCGGAGGCUGCUGCAGCUAGGGGGCAGUGCUCUCCUGCCCCCAUGUCUAGGUGAUGACCAGCACGAGCUGGGGCCUGAUGCUGCCAUUGACCCUUGGGUAGGAGACCUUUGGGAGAAGAUAAUGGUUAUGUACCCAGUACCCCUCGAUGUUCCUGAGAUCCCUCAUGGAGUCCCCUUGCCCUCCAAGUUCAUCUUCCAGUUUCUUCAGGAGGUCCCCAGCACAGGGGCUGAGGAGCUGAACAUAGCCAGCUCAGCCCCUCAGACACCCCCAUCAGAGUUACAGCCCUUCUUGGCACCUGUGAUCACCAACCAGAGGGUCACUGGCCCCCAACACUUUCAGGAUGUUCGGCUGAUUGAGUUUGAUAUUACAGACUCAAGUAUCAGUUUUGCUGCUGGUGAUGUUGUAUUAAUUCUGCCCUCUAACUCAGAGGCUCACACCCAGCAGUUCUGCCAAAUGUUGUGCCUGGACCCCAAUCAGUUCUUCACACUUAAGCCGCGGGAGCCAGGUGUCCCUUACCCACCUGGGCUGCCUCAGCCCUGCACUGUGUGGCACCUUGUGUCACAGUACUUGGACAUUGCCAGCGUGCCCCGCCGUUCCUUCUUUGAGCUCUUGGCCUGUCUCUCUCCACAUGCGCUGGAGCGGGAGAAGCUUCUGGAAUUCAGCUCUGCCAGAGGUCAAGAAGAACUCUGGGAGUACUGUAAUCGGCCCCGCAGAACCAUCUUGGAGGUGCUAUGUGACUUUCCACACACAGCGAGUGCCAUUCCUCCAGACUACCUUUUGGACCUAAUCCCUCGGAUCCGCCCACGGGCCUUCUCCAUUGCUUCCUCCCUACUGGCUCAUCCUAGGAGGCUACAGAUCCUUGUGGCUGUGGUAAAGUACCAGACUCGCCUGAAGGAGCCCCGCCGUGGCCUCUGCUCCUCCUGGUUAGCAUCUCUGAAUCCUGAGCAAGCAGGACCUGUCCGGGUGCCCCUGUGGGUACGGCCUGGGAGCCUAGUGUUCCCAGAAACACCAGACACACCCAUUAUCAUGGUGGGGCCUGGAACUGGUGUGGCUCCCUUCCGAGCAGCCAUUCAAGAACGAGUGGCCCAUGGCCAGACUGGAAACUUCUUGUUCUUUGGCUGCCGCCAGCGGGAUCAGGACUUCUAUUGGCAGACUGAAUGGCAGGAGCUAGAGCAGAAGGGCUGCCUGACCCUGGUCACAGCCUUCUCCCGGGAGCAGGAACAGAAGGUAUAUGUGCAGCACCGGCUCAGAGAGCUGGGGCCACUUGUCUGGGAGCUGCUGGAUGGCCAAGGUGCCUACUUCUACCUAGCGGGCAAUGCUAAGUAUAUGCCUACGGACGUUUCUGAAGCCCUGAUGUCCAUUUUUCAAGAAGAAGGACAACUCUCCACCGCAGACGCAUCUGCCUACAUUGCCAGGCUCCAACAGACAUUGCGCUUCCAGACUGAGACCUGGGCCUGAGGAGCCACUUGCCAACUCACACCCACACUAACCAGCUACACUGGGGAGCCUGCUGGAGUCUAGAGGGCCCAUUGAUACCUCUUUUUUUGUUUAGUUUUGUUUUUUUUUUGUUUUUUGUUUUUGUUUUUUUUUAAGACAAGGUUUCUCUGUGUAGCCCUGGCUGUCCUGGAACUCACCCUGUAGACCAGGCUGGCCUCGAACUCAGAAAUCCGCCUGCCUCUGCCUCCCAAGUGCUGGGACUAAAGACGUGCACCACCACUGCCCGGCUCCAUUGUUACCUCUUGCCCUCUAAUUCCAGAAUACUGGUUAGACUCACAGUUUAGCUUUUUGGAUCCAGCUGACCAGGAGGGCAGUCCUUGCAUACAGCCAAACUCAGUGGACCCCAGUGUCCCAUAUGUGGCCCCAGCCCCAGUGCAGCCUGCACUCCUGUUGGCUCUCAGUUCUCUUCAUUCUGCCCCAAAUCUGCAUUAUGGUCCAUACCACCAAGGGCCUGCUAAGCCCUCCAAGGGGCACAGAGCUAUGUGAGGGCUCUACUGCCCUCUAACCUUGAGCUGUUCCCAUUCAUCCCACAGCACCUGUGCAACUCAGCUCAGUUGAAAAACCACCAGGGCCCAAGUCUCCUGAGCAUUGAAACUGGGCAAAUGAUCUGUCUUCAGGUCCUUACACAUGAGUAAACUGCCUGGGUAGCA